CAUGUCAAAUAAAACGUCAGCUGUCACUUUCUAGGUUAAGUUGCUUUGUUUUAAAGCUUGUGAAUUAUCAAUUAAGACGUUAUUUAUUCAUUACAUUCAAUUACUGUUUUAAGAAAUAUAGGAGUGUUUUACAAUUUAUUGCCAAACAUCGAUUGAUUGCCCCUUUUUGCGGACCAAACGUCAGAAUGGUCAAGUUUUAGUGUGACUAAAAAAUAGCGCUAAAAUGGUUAAUUAUGAGGCAAACAUAUCAGCUUACGAGACAAUAUCAACUCUGGGCCAAUGUUUCGAAGGAAUGGCAGUGGUCAACUUGGCAAAACACAAAAUUUCGGGCACCAUGGUCACCAUAAAACGCUUUAAUAUGGACCGAAUUAAACACGAAGCGCACUUGGUCGAGAGAGAAAUCAUUUUGACGAAACAGUUCCAGCACCCAAACAUUAUUAAGUACUUUGUGGCCUUUGUGCAUUUGCAUGAAGUGUGUGUUGUGAGCCCUUUGAUGGCUUUUGGCUCAUGUCGCGAUCUUUUAAAUACACAUUUUAACGAAGGACUGCCUGAACACGCUAUUAUUUUAAUUUUAAAGGAUGUCCUUGAUGCGUUGGAUUACAUACACAAGAGGGGGUUUAUUCACAGGUCAGUCAGAGCUGGUCACAUUUUAAUUUCUGCGACAGGGAAAGCGUCUCUUGCUGGCUUACGAUACGCCUGUCCGAUUGUUUUAAAUGGAAAAUGGCAAAGGCAAAUUCACUCGUUUCCAGCAAGCACUGUGAGGAACCUAAACUGGCUAAGUCCCGAACUUUUGGAACAAAAUUUGCAGGGCUAUAAUCAAAAAUCAGACAUUUAUAGUGUGGGUAUGUUAAUUUGUGAGUUGGCAAACGGUGCAGAACCAUACGCUGGAGUCUCAACGACAUUAAUGUUGACGGAAAAAGUGAGAGGCUGUGUGCCACAACUGUUGGACUGUACUACUGUACCUACAGAUGAAAAUAACGAAGUUCAUGGUGAUUGUGAUAUAAGUAAUAAUGUGGUCAGUAGACGAUUUUCAGAGGAUCUACACGAACUCGCAACUCUUUGUCUACAAAAGGAGGCAAUUAUCCGUCCCACCGCUAGUCAACUCCUCACACACCCUAUCUUUAAAUUAAUAAAGAAAGGAAUCUUUUUGCCUGAUUUACUUAAGCCUGUUAUGCCGCUUAGUAGUCGCGUAGCUGUUAAUACAGACGAAGUUGCAAAUUUGGACGUUGUGCAACAAUUCGCCGACUUGGAGUUAUAUUCGUGCGAAUGGGAUUUUUAAAAAGACAAUUCAGUCAAUCACUUUAUUUCAGUAUUAUAAAAACAGCUAUUUGGACAGUGAUUGCUCUUCCAAUGACACUUAUUGUAAUAAUAUAAAUAAAUAAAUUGGAAAAAUUACAAA